CCAAUUGAAAACAUGCCUCCACCCUCAAUGAGGGAAUCCUUUGUUCUCCUACUUGCUUGCUGCUUUGGGGUUUGUAUUGCAUUAGAUACCAUUACAAUCACUCAGCCUAUCCAAGACUCUGAAGCUAUAGUUUCCUCUGGCCAAAAAUUUAAAUUAGGCUUUUUUAGUCCUGAAAAAAGUAGUGAUCGCUAUGCCGGAAUAAUAUAUAAUCUACCCGGAACAGCAGCCGUUAUCUGGGUGGCUAAUAGAGAAAGACCUCUGGAUGAUGCGACGGGAACUGUGGCAAUCCUUGAAGAUGGAAAUCUUGCUGUCUUAAAUGGAGCGAAAGACAUACUAUGGUCUACUAAUAUUUCAAGUUCUUCGGCGAAUUAUAGUGCACAACUCCUGGAUACUGGGAACCUGGUCUUGACAGAAGAGUCAAAUGGGAAAGUUUUGAGGAUCCUACAGACUGUUUUUUGCAAAACUCGAAAUUAGG